UUGCAGUUAAUCAUUGUGCUAAUAAAAAUAGAAAGCAGAUUUCAAAAAUACUAUAUAUACAUUAAAAUUAUGAAUCAAGUAACUUGUAUCGUGGUCAUUGUUUGCGCAGUUGCGAGUGGGGACUAAAUCUGAACCCAUGUUUUUGGGACCAGUGGGUGACUGUUUGGGACACAAACCUAGCUUUGGUGGCACUGUCAAUCAGCCAGGCAUAUGGCCUGUGACACAAAGUAACGGACACUUCACGGAUGCCAACGCCCAACGAUUCCCGAACAGUGACCCCGGAAAACGAAUCGCAAUAACGCCCUUCAGGGCCACCAAUCAGACCAUAUAUAAGCGGGUCGUGUGCACCGGUGGGCCCGUACCGGAGAUCCACGUGAACGCCACCUUUGAAUACGACACCACUUGCAACGGCUAUAAUGCGUGGGUCUCACCAUUGGACAUACCAUGUGCUCGCUAAUGGACAAUAACAGGACAUGGUGUUUGGCAUCUUCUCGCAGUACUACACAUACCUCAAUGGUAAGUACAGUAAUUAUUUGAAAAAU